AUGGAUACUCACUUUUUCGUGAGUCGUGAAGAGUUCCACAAUGUCCAGAUGGACGUUAGGCAACUGCAAGCCGUCCAAUCGACCCAGAUUGAACGGAUACAACGCCUAGAAAAGCGUCACCAGGACGAUGCGGCAAUGCGGUCGGCUUGGUCGAACUCCCCGUUCCCAAGCGCGUUGGUGGGAACACCGCAGCACGGACCUAUUCGGAUACCAUCCACAGAGAAUUUUGACCUCGAUGAGCAGAGUCAAACACUAGGUUCUUUACACCUCGAGCCUGAUGAUGAACCGAUCCGGAGAGCAGCCGCCGCCUCACGGGCCAAUAGUGUCCGCUUUGAUGAAAGCGCCAACUUGACCCAAAGCGGCAGAAGCCUCAAUGACAUCGGCCCCUUCCGACCCGGGAGCAGCCUAAUGAUGGAACGGUCACUUUCACACAAGUCAGAUGGCAGACACAGCUCCGCCGGCCAUUCUGUGCACUCUGUACAUUCUGCGGCCUCCGGGCGGGGAAGUAGUAUCGCGCUCGACACCAACUACAUGUCUGGUGGCCACGAAGACGACUCGCCCAUUGACGUGCCUGAGCCGCCACCGGUAUUCUUUGUGUUGGGUUCUGUGCCGGCCAUUAUCCGGUGCUGGCUCACAAAGGAUUUUGCCAACAACACUCUAAUAUAUGCAGCAGUCUGCACUGGCGCCCAAAAGUCGACCAUCGACUUCUCCCUCGUCAAGGAGCUUGGCUUAGAUGACCUCGUCUAUCGCGAGGUCGACAACUCUUUCAAGAUCCAUCUGCAGACAUACCUUGCAGAGGCCAUUCCCGCAACGAAAUCGACAGUCCCCGUUCCGCAAAUCCCCUUCCUGGCAAUCAACUUUGAGGUUGUCGGGGCGGAACAUAUUGCUGAUAGUGAAAAUGACAAUGGUAUCCGUAUCUUCAUCGGCAGUGAUGCCCUCCGGGCUCACAGUGCGGACAUCCUGUUUUCGCGGAACCUCCUAUCCGUGUACAGCAGUGAGCGAGAGAAGCUGACGGUCCCCUUUGUUCGGCCUGAAAACGACGCUCUGUUUAAGAACCUAUGCACGGUCAGCGCCGUUCCAGGUCGGCUCAGACUUAAUGCUGCUGCUGCAGAAUUCGUUUCCAGCGAUGCCAAGUCCCGUGACAGCAUCAACGGCGCUGACGACGAGCACAACCGCAUGGACGAAUACGACGACGAUGAGUUGGACAGCUUACCUGAGGAUGAGUCACGGCACUUCCAUGGCCAGCAGGAUGACAAUGCCGACCAGGAAGGGCCACAUCUCCGCCGUGGACCGCCUGGCCUUCAGAAUCUUUCGGGUACUGCUGGCAACUCCAGUAUCCUAACCCCUGGUGCGAUCUCUCCAACGUCGGCUCAUCCCAUCCCGCCUGCGAAGUGGCACGAGGGAGCCUCUGGUGCUGCUUCUGAGAAUGGGGCCGAGGGUGAAAAACUACCUCGAAAUUCUACGAGCUCAGACUACUCGGGGAAAGAUGCGGGUCCCAAUGCGGAUGGCGGUCGCCGCGAUGCGAGCGCCAUCUGGGGCUCGUGGCGUCAAGGUGGUUCCACUACAGGUAGCGACGGUGGGCACCGAGAGAAUGGUCCUUUGAGUGGGUACCAGCCGGCUGGACGCUCCCGAACAAUGAAAGUUCUCAAACCAAAGGUUGGCAACGGUUCAACAUCUGCUCGAACCGGAUCUUCGUAUGAGCCUCCGCCGCCCCCUCGCUCGAGCGGCGAGCAUCGCCGAAAGACCCAAGGACCUUCUGGCACGGCCGUCUCUGCAAAUGAGGGCGGCAGCGCAAGUGGCGGGGGCAACAAUGCAGCAGGUGUGGGAAGCGGUGGCGGCAUCACGACGGGAGGCAACGCGACGCCCUCAAAUGUGAUUCGGUGGGAAUCCAAGCGCAGCAUCAGCAGUAGCAAUGCGGCCGCGCACAACGCUGGGCAUGGGAAAGAGAACAAGGCCCAGCAAGGCCUUGCCGCGCUGGAGCUCCGGAACAACACCUCUUCGGCGCCUCGGACGUCCAACCCUGUUGGCGGCGCCUCUGCAUUUGCAUGGAUGAAAUCAUCCAGGCCGCAACCUUCGUCAGCCGAAUGA